UCUCUACAGUUAAUCAGAAGCAACCAAAUAAAAAUGCAGUUUCUUUGUCAAACAGUAGUUCUUCUUCUUCUCAUCACCGACAGCGCAGAAGCCGGGGAAGGAAUCCUUUCCAAUACUGGCGAGAAGGCCCAAGAUUUAAAGGAUGCAGCUGCCGAUAAACUCAGCGAAGCCGCAGAAGCUGUGAGAAAUGCCGCAAAAUCUGCCUAUGACACUAUAACUGGAGCUGGAGAACAAGCAUCCGAGACGGCGCAGAGGAAAUGGGAAGACGGUAGGGAAGCAGCCUCAGACACAUGGGAUGCGGCUGGGAACAAGUGGGAACAAGGCAAGGAAGCGGUUGGGGAGAUGUGGGAUCAAGGCAAAGAAGCGGCUGGGGAAAGAUUGGAGCAAGGCAAGCAAGCUGCUGGGAAUACAUGGGAACGAGGCAAGGAAGCGGCUGGGGACAGAUUAGAGCAAGGCAAACAUGCAGCUGGGGAGCGGUGGGAACAAGGGAAGCAGGCAGCUGAGAAUACAUGGGACAGUGCCAGGGAAACGGCAGGAGAAGCAGGAGAUUACGCAUGGGAGAAGGCGGAACAAGCAAAACAAUAUGCCCGUGAUAAGAUGUAUGAAAAUCCUGAUUACCUGAAGAACGAAGAGGAUUUGUAA